AAACGCAACUAUUCCACCCAUACCUAGGUACAAAAUAAAUAUCACAUGUAUUCGCGCCGUGACGUCACCGGUUCACGACAUUCGUUCCAGUUGACUUAGGUACUGGGUCUCUACACCAACACUUCUAUCACAUUGCGCCCAUGCGACUCAACAAUCCAUGAACAGAUCGGUAAUAUGGCGCAGCGCGCCUGCUUUACCCCUAUCUCGGCAACUGUAUGGCGCGCAAUGCCAUCGAAGCUUCGCUUGCAGCACUUACCUUGCACGUGAGCAUGAUCCGAGGAUAAAGGCCCUGGGCCGGGAAAUAUCUGACGACUAUGCGAUAAUAAGAGAAAAAUACGAGACUCCAAAGUAUCCCAUCGUCCUCGCCCACGGCCUCUUUGGCUUCGCUGAACUCCGUCUCUCUCCAUACUUUCCAGCUGUCGAAUACUGGCAUGGCAUUCGCGAUGCCCUCACUGCGCAAGGCGCCACCGUCCUGACGCCUAGUGUGCCUCCAUCAUCCUCUAUUGCCGAUCGCGCUACUGCUCUCCGCUCCGCCCUUGAAGCCCACGCUCCAAUGCCCGAAGCCGUCACAAUUGUCGCACACAGCAUGGGUGGUCUUGAUGCCCGAUAUAUGCUUUCGCACCUCGCUCCGCUCCCAGUCCGCGUUGCGGCUGUGGUUACCGUUGCAACGCCGCACCGAGGAAGCGCAUUUGCAGACUACCUCCUUGAUGAAGAAGUCUCACCACUGCACCAUUACUUGCCUCAACUUUAUCAGACAUUUGAAAAAGCUGGUCUCGGUACAGCAGCGUUCUCGCAGUUGACGAGACGCUACAUGGCUGAAGAGUUCAAUCCGAGCACGCCGGAUCAACCAGACGUGCGGUACUUUUCGUACGGAGCGGCAGUGGAGCGGCCGGCGCUGCUGAGUCCAUUUCGGCACCCGCACGCCGUCAUGACACAGGCCGAGGGACCCAACGAUGGACUUGUCAGUGUGGAGAGCAGUCACUGGGGCACAUACAAAGGCACGCUCCUUGGAGUAAGCCACUUGGAUUUGAUAAACUGGUCCAAUCGUGUGGGCUGGACAGUCCGGGAGUGGGUGGGGAUCAAGAAGAAUUUCAAUGCUAUUGCGUUCUAUCUUGACAUAGCAGACAUGCUAGCUAAAGAAGGUUACUGAUACGGCAUCCUCUGGUCUGCAUCAUGACAUGCAUGAGUAUUCUACGGCACGCAUUCCUGAUAUCUAAGAGAUGGGAUAAACAUGUAAAAGUAACUGUCAUAACAGACAUGAAAUGAGUACGCGCCAAUUCAGACUAAGGGUUUCACGAGGCUGGAGUUUGUUUGUGGAACUAGAUUUCGAGUAGAUGAUUAUUGUUGAUUGCUUCAAACGAGUAGGUAUCAGUAGCAUUAGAAGAUAGAAUACAGCCACCUAGCAGCGAACACUCGACGAGAACCCGCCCUCCAGCACAUUUGUCCCACGUGAUCCGGUGGUAUGUAGGUAUGUACAAAAGUUUUGCCAGUCAACUCUGCUAUCCGUAACAGAUUGCGUUGCCAGUUGACAAGCGAGGAAUGGUGAGGGACGUAACCGGCAAUAGUUAACUGGAAUACGGGGUCACAGUCGGUCACCCGAUGUGUCGCAGAAGGCACCUCGUCGUAACACCACGUCUACCUGAGGCUCAUAGUCCAAAGACGCUCAUGACUAUGCCUCAGGUCACGCUCCACUCUCCUUAACGUCGGCCUCAUCCGCAUCAAACGACUUAGACGGUAGAGGCCUUGUUGGCCUUGCGAGCAAUGGCCUUCCUGUAGAGGAAGAGGCUGAGAAGGCCAAUAGCGACUA